GCAAUGUACAAUGUACGCCACUUGGGCCCGGAUGAACGAUUUAUUCAGAUUGGAGACUCGGCUCUCAUCAAGGUUGCCGCUGUAGGGAGUGUGGACCUUAGGUUCCACCAAAUCGGAGCCGACGUGAAACAGGAGGACUUGGAUGUCACUGUGCCGGAAGUUUUGUUUGUACGCGGGUGUGGUCUCAACCUUUUCUCGGUAUGGAAGGUGUCUCACAAGCAUUAGGUCCGUAUCAACCCAACGGUAAGCAAAUGAUGCACGGAAAACUGCGUUAUAUUCGUGGCGUUUCGAGCGAUUCCCUUUUUGCAACCCGCCUUCCCCACAAUUCCCUGCCUUCUAUGGACGUUGCGAAUGAGAAAGCCCGUGAGAGUUCUUUUUCCUUUGUGGCAUCGGCUCUUACAGCCGCGAUGGAUUCCGAUCUAGAACCCCCCCGUGUGACGAAUGCUGUAGCGGAAUACUCGGCGAAGAUGAUUGAUGUGUGGGGGAGUGAAGAGUGUGAACGCGCCAUGGCUGUGUUGGGUCCGGGGAAGACACCUUUCAAUGUCGGCAAUGCACAAAAGGUUAUGGAUAUUAACACGUUCCACAACCGUGCCGGCCACUUGUCCAAACCCAUUUUGAGACUGUCCGCGAAGCAGCACGGGAUUACCCUUACGGGCACGAUGGACAGCUGUCGAUGGUGCUUGCCGGCGCGAGGGACGAGGGCGCCGGUGCCGAAGCAGGGAGGCGGGUACCGUGGCAAGAGGGCGCCGAACGACGUGUUCCACAUCGACCUCUGCCCCCUUACACGGCGACGAUCGGUGGCAACCACUAUAUGCUCUUCGGUGUGGACGCCGCCACGGGAUGGAUGGUCUGCUACGCCAUGCGGCGUAAGUCGGAGGGGCUAGCGGUCGUCAAGCGCAUCGUCGUGGAUGCCGCACACAAGGCUGGUACCGCGAUCAAGUGCAUCCACUGGAACUGCGAUGCCCUCUUGACCAGCAGCAACUUCAAGUAGUUCUGUGCCAGCAUGGGGAUCGCGCUCGAGUACUCCCCUCCCAGCGUGCAGCAGUACAACCGCGUUGUCGAGAGCGCCAUCCAGAGGGGCCUCAAGGUGGCCAAGGCAUCCCGCCGGGCCGCCCAGGAGCUGCUUGGCCUCGCAGGAUUUUCGUGUGUCCGUGGGCUGAGUGUUCGUGGCGAUGAGCUCUGGGCGGAGUCCGCAAAAGACGCCGCGCAGAAGCUGAACCAGUCAGCAUCUCCUUGGCAUCUCCUUGGGUGCGUCGCCGCAGGAACUCUACACCGGCAAGGGAGGCCCUUUUCGCUUGAUCCCGUUCUUCCAGUACGGUUUCAUGUGGGAGCGGCCGGCAACGAAAAUGGACGACAGGGUCGUGCCGUGCUUUUUCCUCAACGCCGGGGACAACCACGCCGACGUCACCAUGAAGGUGCUCAAGGAGAGGACCGGCCACGUGUGCUACACCUCGAAUGUAGCGUGGGCGGCGCUCCCGCCGUCGGGGGGGGGCGGG